UGAGUGUUUGUGCUCCAGCUAGCUUGUUUGGUCUGGCUGUAUUGGUGCAGGUCAGAGGGACGAUAGUGAGAGAACAAGGAUAUCCAAAGAUCUUUUCCUUGGAGGAGUCAGUGAAGAGCUCUUGAUAAAAGAACAUCUCUGUGAGGGUGUUUUCUGCAUUUCCUUCACCUUUGUCCUUAUCUGCUGGCUGGGAUGAGGGGGCUCAGGAGCCUUAUUGUCGGGCUCCUGUCGGCCUUCUUCUCCACUGCCUUUGGUCUUUAUUUCCCUCCUCAUGUGGAGCAGCUGCCGACCAUCACCGCUCAGACCUCAGGCUCUUUCAUUGCCUUGCCAUUUGAUGAGAACUUCCUGUUCAAGUGUGAAGCCAAAGGCAACCCAAGACCUACGUACCGCUGGACAAAAAAUGGGAUGGAUUUUGACCUGCAUAAAGACCCUCGGCUCAUUAAAGAAGAAAGUAGUGGGACCUUUGUGAUACCCAACACUAAAGAGAGAGUGAAAUACCAGGGAAAAUACAGAUGUUAUGCCUCAAACAAGCUCGGAACUGCAAUAUCAGAGGAAUCUGCAUUUAUUGUGCCUGUGGUGCCCAAGUUUCCCAAGGAGAAGACAGAGCCAGUGGUGGUCACGGAAGGUGAUUCGGUGGUUUUGGAGUGUAACCCGCCACAAGGAACACCACCUUGGCAGAUGUACUGGAUGACCAAUGAUCUUCGACACAUCGAGCAGAAUGAGAGGGUGUCCAUGGGCCUCAAUGGGAACCUGUACUUCUCUAACACACUGGUGACAGACAGCCACGACGAUUACUGCUGUUUUGCCUCCUUUUCCAGGAUACGCACAAUCGUUCAGAAACCCCCCAUGGCCCUGAGGGUCAAGCCAAGCCAGGGGGAUGAUGACAUCACGAGUGUUCAGCAGAGAAUGCCAAACAUUUUGAUGCCCUCCAGUAAUUCAACCACACACCUAAAAAAAGGAGAAGAGCUGGAGCUGGAGUGUAUCGCAGAAGGACUGCCUACACCUGUGGUAGAAUGGAUCAAGAUAAGGGACAACUUACCGAAGCGUACACAACUCAAGAACUAUGGAAAGCUUCUGACUAUACCAAACCUCACAGAUCAGGAUGAAGGGAGAUACAUGUGCAAAGCCAAGAAUGAUCUUGGUGAAGCUGGGCAUCAUUUCCACGUUAUUGUUGAGGAGCCUCCCAGCUGGCAGGAGGAGCCAGUGAAGAGUCAGUUAGCAGAGAUCGGAUCUGACAUCCACAUCAAGUGUUCUGCUAGAGGAAAACCACAACCCACAAUCACCUGGAAGAGAAAUGGCCAGCCUCUUGAUGAUUUUCCUUCUACCAAUUACAAAAUGCUUGAUGACAGAAUAAUCAUCCUCGGAGCAGAGCAGAAAGACACUGCCGUGUACCAGUGUGAGGCCUCCAACAGACACGGGACCCUGCUUGUCAACACUAACGUGCUUGUGAUGAAUCACCCCCCUUUGAUCCUGACGCCGAAUUAUCUGGAGUAUGCGACCAUGUUAGACAAGAGUGUGAUUAUGGACUGCAAAGUCUUUAGUUCACCACCUGCCACCAUUAACUGGAGAAGAGAAGACCCAGAGGGCUCUCUAGAUGGAGAGAGAUAUUCGCUCUUGAAGAAUGGCUCCCUGCAGAUUCACAAAGUCGAGAUGGAAGAUAUGGGCAAGUACAAAUGUUUGGCAAACAACUCCGAAGGCAUCGCGAGCCUCACCACUGAACUACUCAUUAAAGAUUCAACGAGGAUCGUCAAACCUCCUCAAGACAUGAAGGUCAAAAGAGGAUCAAUGGCGGAGCUGCAGUGCCAGGUGGAGUGCGAUUCCACCCUCAGAAGAGAGCUGGAGAUCUUGUGGAUGAAAGAUGGGAUGAAUAUCCUCUCAAACUUCUCUGAAGGAUAUUUCACAUAUGAUGGAAUUCUCCAGAUUGUCAAUGUGAGCCACAGUGAUCAAGGGAAUUACACCUGCAUUGUUCGAACAUCACUGGACCAAGAUUCAGCUUCUGCAUACAUAACUGUGUUAGAUGUCCCAGAUCCACCGGUUCAACUGACACUCACUGAUCUGAAAGACCGCAGUGUGAGGCUCCACUGGGUGGCCGCCAGUGAUCAUAACAGUCCAAUAACAGAGUUCAUCAUCCAGUACGAAGAGAACAACUGGGAGCCGGAGACGUGGAAGGAGCUUCUACGAAUCGCAGGCAGCCAGUUCUCUGCCCCCUUGACGCUCUACGGCCACAUUAACUACCAGUUCAGAGUCAUCGCUGUUAAUGCUAUUGGGGGAAGCCAUCCCAGCAUGCCCUCCGAAAGAUAUAAGACACCUCCCUGUGCUCCCGACAGGAACCCAGAAAACAUUAAGAUUGAGGGUUACCUGCCACAUCAGAUGGACAUCACCUGGCAGCCGCUCUUGCCUGUGGAGCACAACGGUCCCAGUCUGGAAUACAAACUGAGCUACAGGCUCCUGGGUGUCGAGGACAGUUGGAAAGAACAGAUGGUGAAGAGACACUCAUUUAGGGUGCGAGACACCCCAACAUUUGUCCCCUAUGAGGUCAAGAUCCAGGCCUUCAACAGUCACGGAUGGGCACCAGAGCCACAAGUAGUGACUGGUUAUUCCGGAGAAGACCUGCCCUUGGUGGCUCCUGUAAACGUAUCUGUGGAGGUGUUGAACUAUACCAUGCUGAGGGUCAGCUGGUCACCGGUGCCUCAAUCCGCCUUGAGGGGCCAUCUUGGAGGAUACACUGUGCACUGGUGGCAAACUCAAAGUCUGUUGACCUCUAAGAGAAUUCCCUCAGAGAGACAGUCUCUCACCAUCCCUGGAAACAGGAGUCACACCAUGGUGCCGGGACUGAAGCCAUUCUCUGAAUAUAGCCUGACUGUCAACGUCUUUAACCGAAAAGGGAAUGGGCCCAGCAGCAGUCCCAUCUCUUUCACAACUCCGCAGGGAGUUCCUGAGCAACCUCCCAUCCUGAGAGCCACAAACUUUCAGAAAGACUCCAUCACACUGGUGUGGGCGCCUCCGCAUGAAACCAAUGGAUUUCUCACGGGAUACUUGUUGCAAUAUCAGACAGGUAAUGAGACUCUGGGUGAGCUGAAAUCUGUAAACAUCAGUGCAUCAGAUACAACACAGUGGGUCUUGCGUGAUCUGCAGGAGGACAACUGGUAUAAGUUCUACCUGAGCGCGUGCACGCAGGUGGGCUGCGGGUCAGCCAUCAGUGAGGAAGGAAGCACCGUCUCUAAGGCGUUUACAAUGCCCGAACAAUUUUCUACAGUCUCAGCUGAAACUUCGACAGAGAGCUAUGAUCUGUCAACAUCUGAGAUGACAUGUUUUGAGCUGAGGCAACCUUUCUCUUUCACCUCAUCUAAUACAGACAUUCCUUCUGUCAAUACCACCUUUCAUACCUUAGUUGUGCUCAACAUAUCCACCUUUGUAACUGACACCUAUGCGAGAAUCAGCUGGACAACCAGAGGAGAACGUUCUGAUUCACAGCUCUAUGUUGCCAUAAUGAAUCACAGUGCUGGCAUCUGGAAGUUUUCAGAGGCUUUAAAUACAUCUAAAGGUUUCCACCUCAUUGAUGGGCUCAGCCCAGGAACUGUGUACACAGUCCGGCUGCAAGCUUCAGAAAGGGUUGAUGACCCUAGCAUUUUUGAAGAGGUUUUCAAGACCAGGAAAGUGCCUAGUAAACAACUCAUGGCAUCCCAGGACUGGUUUGUGGUGAUGAUGUGCGCGGUGGCAUUACUAACGCUGCUUGUCCUUAUCGGCUGUUUUGUGCUCAAGAACAAAGGCGGCAAGUACGCAGUGAAGGAAAAGGAGGAAACUCCCGCUGAUCCCGAAGCUCACGCCAUGGGUGAAGAAUUGCCUUGCGAGUACAGUGACAACGAUGAGAAGCCGCUGAAGAGCAGCCAUCAAUUGUUCACAGACAUCAAAGCGGAUGAUAGCAGCGAGGACAGCUCCGUGAUGUCGGACGACGAUGACUGCGAGUUCAACGAAGACGGGUCUUUCAUCGGCGAGUACUCGGGGUACAGUCGUAGGGUGUCCACAGAGGUGAACGGACACGCCCCGGUGACGACUUAAUGCUGGCCCAACCUUAGGAACUUUUCAACUGUUUUACAGGGAGAACGAGACGUUUGUUUGUAAGAUGUGCCAUGAAUGUGCCUGUGUUAUGCUUUUGCGUGAAUGGCCACUUCUUUACAGUAUUCAUAUGAAGGGUGAUGACUGGUUAUAGUUCUGGCCAACGUGAUAUUUAUGCCAUCAUUUACUCAUCGCUGUACUGUUUCAAACUGGUACAGCUGACUUUUUAAGACAUUUAGUAAAAUGUUCAUGGUGCUCUUUUCUUACAAUAAAAAUAACUGCAAAGCUCCAAAAAAGGACAAAAAUAUGUCUAUACCCUUGUGGAAAAGAAGUAGGCUUUAUCAUACUUUACUUUAAAAAGUACUUACUGUGGAAAAAUAACACUGUAUAUAUACUUUAAAAGAAUACUUAAGUGCAAACUGACUGUAAUGGUUUGUAAUGAACACUUAUGUUCUUUGCGGUUAAAUAAAAUGUAUUUUAGUUUAAAUUUAUAUUAAAUCUAUUUAAAAUAAAGAGUGUUUCUUGACCCACUUAAGUGGUAAAUCUUUAUAUAUAAUUUCAGAUUUUUUUUUUUUUUAAUGGUUAAAAGUGUAGUUGAAAAUAUUGACAAGCAUUUAUGGUAAACUAAAAUAUACUUUAAUGUCAUUUCUUUUGAAUCUAUUUUGUCGUGCAUAUCAAUAUAUUUGUAUUUACACAUUUGUAAUAAUAAAGUUACAAUUAAAUAAAUUUAAAACAUAUUAACUUUAAAUGUAAUUUUAAAGAAAAUACAAUAUUUUUAAAUGUACUUUUAAGAUAUGAAGUACAGUACAAGUGCACAUUUCUUUUUCACAAGGGUAUUCAAAGUCUUCCAUACAAUAUGAAAUGUAAGUCAUUGCUCGUAGAUUAUCUUCUGCAAAUCUCAAUAACAUUUGCACAUAUUCAAAUAUGGCACGACAAAACAUGUCAGGUUUUAUAUCCAUAGUGGAAGAAAAAAUAAGUUGUACAGCUGUACUUUGAGAUUGAGUAAAUGAAGACAGAAUUAUCUUCUGUUGGGUAAGCAAAUUUAACAUCAUUUUUGGUUUUAUGAAGCAUUAUUUGCACAACAACAAAACAAUCAGGUUUGUGCACCUUAGAAUUAAUGCGGAUUGCAUGCUUGCAGUCAGAUUAGGUAACGUUUCCACUAUUCCAGCUGAAGAAGAAAUAAAUAAUUCAUGGCCUGUCACCAAACUGAUUUCUUGACAGCACAAUUUUCGUUACAUGCUCUCUUGUGUGGGCACGUAACCUCUCUGCACGCCUCUCAGCAAGAUACUGACACAGUGAAACAAAACAAUUAUGUUCAGACUCUUUAAUAUUUCUACUAAAACAUAUUUCUGUUUAACCACAUAUUUGAUUAAAACUGACGUUGGCGCUGCCAUGGGAAAGAAAACGGCGAGAAAGGUCUACACUGAAUGAUUAGAUCCCAUAAUUUUCUAUAUGCACUGAUAUUAUUAUUAUGUUAUCAGUAAUGUACUAAGAUUGCCUUAGCUUCUUUGAACUAUGAGAAUCGAGUAUGAUCAAGUCCCUCAAUAUACUUUUGGUAUCUUCAGCAAAUUUUUUAUAUUUUGUAAUUCUGUUUUGCCUCCAAAAUCCAUGUUCCUUAUAAUGUAUUAUAUCCGGGCCGCAAUCCAAUGUAAUGUCAAUCCAACUUGAAAUCCUGCCAACAUAUUUAUUAUAACUGAGAAAGAGCGCGAUAGAGGGAGAGAGCGCUUCUGCUGAUAUAUGGCAUGCAGUUUUUCUUUUCUUUAUGUUCUUGUUCUCUAUUUUUAGAAAUAUUUAGUUGAGAGAUUCUGCUGUAGAGACUCUUCUGUCCCUGCACUGUAUAUAUAUAUAUAUAUAUCUGUAGAUAGUAUUUUUUUAUGUUUUCUUUUUGCAUUUUUCUUUUGCAUUUCAUUCUGCUUGAAAUAUUGCUUAUGCUAAAGACUCAGGAGGUAUUUUGUAAUAGAACAUUCUGUGCAAAUUCUUGUAUCUUCUGACCUGAAAAAUGUUUACUCCCACAUUUACUAUGUUUUGCUAUAUUUGUCAAUCGCAAUUCAAUGAAAUGUUGACUAUCACAACACAUAUUGCUACAAUGAACCUAAAUGAUUUCAGUGUUCACCACAGAAACACACAGGGCAAUAAAAAUUACUUUUAAGUAAGUUAUAGAAA